AUGUUGGCCCUUUCCCUAGCUUCUAUCGUUGUUGCGGCAUCUGUCGUCCUUGCUGCACCCAGCAUCAAAACCUCAGGAUGUGAUAUUUCGAAGGCCAAAAUAUCCAUCCCAUCUGGCCAAACGGCCCUCGUCCAGCCCACCCUUGCUCCGUCUUACGUUUCGGUCGCCAUUGGCGUCCAAAACUACACUUGUACCGACGCCGGGACAUAUACGAGCGCCGGAGCAGUUGCCGAACUCUUUGACAUCUCUUGUCUAGUCGGCACAUCAACCUUUGACAGGAUCCAGGACGAUGUCUUUACCGUCUGGAAGCUCCUUCCCAAGCAGCUAACCGCUGCCAAAGUGAUCGAGCUCCUUCAUUUCGCUAAAACGCCUACAAUCCUCGGCCAACACUACUUCAUCAUUAAUCCCCUCACGGGUGUUGGCAUCAGCCCGAAGUGGGACUUUACAUCCCAAGGCGCUACGAAGGGAAACCCCAACGCGUUUGUUGUUGGCGCGCGUACUGGGGGCCUUGCAGCACCUACCGGCCCUCAAGACGUCGACUGGCUUUCCCUUUCGAACGCACAAGGGCAAUUAGCAGACCAAAUAUACCGAGUUGACACUCGGGGAGGACAACCUCCCGCCUCUUGCACUCCUGGGUCUGCUCCUAUCUCUGUGAAGUACGCAUCAAAAUACUGGCUCUUCGGUGGAUCCGUCCAUCAUUAA